UUGAUGCGUAAACAAAUAUGGCGGCUGUUUUCAAAACACUUUAACUGUCAAACAAUAUUUCAUUGUUUUCUUUUGAUUUGUCAAUAGUUAAAAGACAGUAAUGGUUGAAAAGGGUAGAUUUCUUGUUGUUGUAUCUGUUUUAGAAGGUCGCAGGUUUCCAAGGAGACCACGGCACCAGCUGAUAGCGGAGGCAAAGUUUGAUGGAGAACUGUUGUCUACAGACCCUGUAGAUCAUGUUGAGACACCAGAUAUAACACAAGAGCUGGCCUGGGAGCUAGACAAGAAAGGUCUGCAACAGCAUAGGCUGCAGAGAACAUCCAUAAAGAUACAAUGUUAUGCUGUGGAUACAAACACUUCUGUGAAGGAAGCUAUAGGAUAUGUUGUGCUGGAUCUUAGAUCUGCUCAUAAUAAACAAACAACAAAAUGGUACCCGUUGUUAUUGGGAAAGUAUCAUAAAAACAAACCAGAGAUCAGGCUUGGAUUGUAUUUAGACGAGGACAAAUCUGCCGAAGUCAACACAAGCUUUAAGGCAAAAGAGGCGCCACCAAGAUUAAUAGAGACAGAUUCACCUGUUAAGGACAAAGACACACGACUGUUAAAGCCUAUUUUAAAUGAAGAUGAGGGGUACUAUCAGCUUGGUCCAGCUAAACAGUGUACUGAACAAUUUGUCUUAUCAGUUACCAUAGCAACUGCGACUAAUCUUACACAGUUAAUACCAAGCACACAGCCAUUACCUCAAGGAGCUGGGUAUUUCUUUUACUUUUCCUUGUUUGGCAAUGAUGUAACAAACGAGGUAUUUCAUGAUUUGAUCAACCCAAGUUUUCCAGCAGAGAGAGCCUCAGUCCGACUACGGAGUAGUGUUGAAGCUAUACGGAUGUUUCUCGCCAGUCAGCCUGGUCUUCAGGUGCAUUUAUGUUGUGGUGAACAGUCACUGGGUCGUGCAGAGAUUCCCCUAAUUAACCUUCUCAAGAAAAGCAGUACAGAGAUAUACAUGAAGCCUGUGUCAGUGGAGGGUUCUUUUGAGUUAGUACCACCAAAUAGAACAAAGCAACAGAUGUCUACUGUCCCAUCAGGAAUGUCACCAGUUGUAGGACUGUCUGUGGUGCUCAGAAAGGAAGAUAUGGCUAUGCGAACGCCAGUAAAGGAAGGUCAAAGGUCACCUAUCAGAUCACCUGCUGCCCAGUCCCCAUCACAUAAAGCUAAAUCCCACAAAGAGCAGUCAUCACCAGGUAAAGGUCAAAUGUCAAGGUCACCCCAAAGAGAGUUGCGGUCACCAUCACCAGUACAGGAUAGAAAAGAAGAGGCUGGGUAUGAUGAUGAUUUUGAGGAAGAAACACAUGAUAAUCUCAGUAGUUUAGAGGAGGAGCAUGGAAAGAAAAAGAGAGUGUUAGAUGAAGAUCAAACAGAAGUGAAAAGAUCAUCAGCUGGUCCAUCAAGUCCCUCGCGCCCAAACCGGCCCUCCGACAGCGGUACCUCAACCACACAACAUCAUGUCGCAGUACCCCCGCAGUCACAUCACUUCUCUUUCUCCAUUGAUCUUAGAAGUGUGAAAAGUACUGAUAAUAAUACAACACAAAAUGUUUUCCUUAGGUACACCUAUCCAUUCUUUGGGAGUGCAGCUCCAAUAUUGACACACCCUCCUGUUGAAAUAAGGAAAGGGAUGGAAGUACUUCUUCCACAAUCUUUUUGUGCUUUUGAUUUUGCAUGCAAUGUUCAACAGCUUCAAGAGACGUUCCUCAGGGUACCAUUAUUAGUUGAGAUGUGGCAUCGAGAUAAACAGUUAUCAAAAGAUGUUUUACUCGGAGCAGCCAGAUUACCGUUGGCAGAUAUUAUAGUGGCAGAGAAAACAAAAAUAAUGAAUAAUGCUGGAAAUGCUGGUUGGAAGCAAUUAUACAGUAACAAAACACCUGUUAUAUCUACUGAAACUUGUAGGCAAUCGAAGCAGAUCGGAGAUAUAGCAUUUGUGUUGAGUCUGGAGGACUGGGGACCAAUUGGAACACAGCAGAUUAUUGUAGCUCAACCUGAUUCUGCACCGACUGGGAGUAUGGCAGAAGGGUAUCAUCACAGGGAACCACAACAAGAGCCCAGGGAGACAGAUGAGUACAAGGCAGCUCUUGAAUUAGAGAUGUGGAAAGAGGAACAAGAACAUGUGUUUGAAAAUCAGUUAAAACAGAAAGAGAUGAUGUAUAUGAAGGCUCUAGCUGAAGAAUGGAAGAAGAGAGAUAGAGAGAGGGAAUUACUGAUGAAGAAAAAGUUAACAGAAUAUGCCCAAUUAGAGGAACAACUACGUAAAACCCUGGCGGACUUGGAGAAAAGAGAAAAGCAGCUUGCAGCCAAUGAACAAGAGGUUAUGAGAUUAAAGAAUGAUCUACAGAGAGAACAUGAUCGUAAACUACAGGAGAUGAAGGAAGCCUCUCGUAGACUGAAAGAUGACUGUGAUCACCAGAUUGAUCUUGAAAAAGCCAAAUGUAAAGAAUUAGAAAGUUUGAUUCAGCGCUAUAAAGAUGAGCUUACUGAGGCAGAGAAAAAGAAGUCUAAAGUAGAGAAAGAUUUUACUAUUUACAAAGAAGAAUUAAACACGAAACCAGAAGUCCGGUUACAGUCCGAGAUAAACUUGCUUACACUGGAAAAGGUUGAGUUAGAGAGGAAGCUAGAUGCAGUAACAAAGUCAAAGAUUCACUACAAACAACAAUGGGGCCGAGCUUUAAAAGAGCUAGCCAGGCUAAAACAGAAAGAGCAGGCCCAGGCCAAAGCCCAUCUCAUGAAACAACAACAGGAAUUAGAGCAUAUGCGACUACGUUACCUGGCAGCAGAGGAGAAGGAAGUUGUCAGUAAUGAGAAGCAAGAAUUAGAAGAUAUUAAAAAUGAACUUAACAAAUUAAAACAAAUGGAAGAGGAAAGAUUAAAAUCAGUGGAUCACUCACCUCGUGACAUUGUUAGUGGGAAAGGUGACCCGGAUAUGGACAAUAUUGAAGAACAUAUAUCACGAUUGAUUGAGGAACGUGAUACUCUAUUGAGAACAGGAGUGUAUUCAACACAAGAUAGAAUCAUUGCUGAGCUUGAUAGGCAAAUCAGAGAAGCUAUGGCAAAUAGAAAACUCAGUAAUGUUUGAAGAUAGUACAAAAGUGAUAUAUAUUGUUUCAUAUUUGGGCAAGAAAAGGCAGAAUGUGUUUGAAGAUAGUACAAAAGUGAUAUAUAUAUUUUUUCAUAUGUGGGCAUGAAAAAAGUGGAUUGUGUUAGGAUACUUUUUAGAGCUAUUCAGUUUAUAUAAAAAAUCGACAGAUUUAUGAUUACUAAAUUGUAAUUUUUAAGAAAGUAUAUAGAUUUAUGGGUACUGAAGUGUAAUUUUAAAGAAAGUAUAAUAUUAUUUUCUGUGGUUAUAGAUUCAUUUUUUUUAUUCAAACAAAUUAUUAUAAGGUUAUGUAAUAGUAAUACAUAAGACUACAUAGAUGUAUCAGAAAUGUGCUUGAUCAGGGGAUAUGAAGAGAGAAAUUUCCAAAUACAUUAUUUUCAAAUGUGAAAAAAUUGUGUAGAUUACUGAUUUCAAACUACAUGUAUGCAUUUUAGAAGUAUGAUUUCGACUUAUCAAAUGUUGUAGAAGUCAUGUGGAUUUCCGAUUAAUUUUUUACAGAGAUACCCUUUUAACAUGAAAAUUAUCAGUGAAUGUAGCAUUUUGUCGAUUUUUACUGCCCACUUUACUGUUUACACAUUAAACAUAGACAUUGAAUAGUCAUUGUUGUGCUGGACCAUUUUGAAAGUUUGUUAAAAUAGUUUUAUCAGAGGUAUAUGUCGUACUACAAGCAAAGCAUGUUAUAAAUGUAGCAUUUGUAAACAUCAAUGGCAGCUCUUGUUAAACAUGGUCUUUAACUGCAGGACUGAUGUUUACCAAAUUGUUCAACCAGAUUUUUUUUAACAAAACACAUGGAAAUGGUAAAUUUUAAAGAAAUCGCUAAAAAAUAAAAUUUCCUUUUAAUUUUUAUAAACAUUUAUAUAAAGAGGCUUGCAGCUUUAACGAGUGUUUCUAUUUCAUUCACAGCUGUGUAUAAAGUGUUUUAAUAUUUGUAUAUGUUUAUGUCUGGGCUUCAGAAGAUAGUCAUAUAUUGUAUUAUAUUAAAGCUAUGUCUGUGAUUUUUCAUCAAUGUACAUACAUGUAUAUAUCACAAAUCAUUGAUUGCACUUACUUUGUGAAAGUUACAUUCUCUCCAGUGGCAUACUUUUAUUAGUUUCGAUAUUUUCGAAAAAAAGUAUGUCUUUUCAUCCUGAUUCAAGAGAGAAAAAUAAAACAUUUUUAUAUUGCCAGAUUUGCAUUAAAAGCAAAAUCCUAUCUUACCAUAGCCCAACAUGAAACAUGGCAAACUAUUUUAUGAAUAUUUUUUCAGUUAUUUAAAUUUUAUUUUGAUAAAAAUAAGUAAAAUAAGACCAUAUGGAAAACGGAAAAAGAACUUACUGCCCGUUUCACUCAACCAAAAAAUUAGAUUUUUUUUUGUCAUUUUAGUCUAUAGACUAAGCAACAGAUUUAAUACAUGUAUGUAUUCAUGAAUUUCAUGUUUUAUGGUAGUAUAUAAAUGUUCAUAAAUGAUCCAUUAGAUCUUGUACAAUAAAUUUACUCCCAUUUAUUAUUAUUUAUUAAAAUACACAAUAUUAA